CAGGGGGGGGGGAAAUGGCAACGUUUCUCAUCUUUUCCUUGAAGGUUUCCUCUCCUAACCUGGGGAGGGGGAUGUUUUGCAUGCAAGGGAGGGGAGGGGGGGUUUGAGGGGCAGGGUCAAGGAGUCUUUGGAAGGGUUUUUUUUUAGAGGUUUCCCUGUCUGGUGAGGGCAUUUGCAUCAAGGGAAGUUUGGCACAAAGGCAUGUUUAAUUUGGCCGGAUGAAAUUUCAGUGCAUGAAAAGACAACGAGGAAGAAGAGGAGGAGGAAGAGGAGGAAGAAGAAGAAGAUUGGGUGUCUUUUUCUCUUUCUUAUCUCUCUCUCUCCCUUUGUCCCCAAAGUCUCCCCAAGGAAGUCAAGGAAGAAGAUUAGCUUCCCAGCCGGAGCAGACACCAUCGCCAUCUCAGCCUCUCCUUCCUCCACCCACCCAACAUCUAACCGCGGUUAAGGCUGGGCUGCCCCACCGAGAGCAUGACAGCCUAGGAGGGGGAACCAUGAACGUCCAGUUGAGCUUGGAGAAUGGUGGGGAGAUGGCCGUUCAAGAGCAGGAUUUCAUGCCGGGCGACGCGCGUCCCCUUCACUCGGCACUGCAGAGGUCCUCCCUGGUGGCUUCGGUGCUGGAAGGCGGCGAUUGCCACCGGGCGGAACACCCCUUGGCCACCACCCUGCACCCUGGGCUUGGCUUUGGGGGGGACUCGCCCACCUCCGGCACGGGGAACAGCUACACCACUCUGACUCCUUUGCAGCCCCUUCACGAGAAGUUCCACCACCAGAACCACCACCACCAUCACCACCAUCAAUGUCUCCCCAUGGGCAACGUCAUCGGGAGCUUCACCCUCAUGAGGGAAGACCGAGGGCUGGGCGCCGGCGGGCAUUUUUACAGCCCGUACCACCACAAAGAUCUGGGCAUGGGCCAGAGUUUGUCUUCGCUGUCCAGUCCGCAGCUGGUGCCCAUGCACAAUUAUGCGGGACACUCCGUGGCGCCUCUGGCCAACGAGAAGAUGGUGCUGGGCAACGGCUUUGAAGGCCACUCGGCCGCCAUGUUUGGCCGGAUGGACCAGCACUUCCAAAGAGAGAUGUCUCCCACCCAAAACUCCACCAUGGCGUCCCCCAACCCCAUGAGUCAAAGUGGCUACGGCCACCCACGGCCAGAGAUGAACUCUCGGCCCAACCCGCCUAUCGCCAGCCAGACCACGGUCCUCUCCAGCCAGCUGGAGGAGAUCAACACCCGAGAAGUGGCCCAGCGCAUCAUCGCCGAGCUGAAGCGAUACAGCAUCCCCCAAGCCAUCUUCGCGGAGCGGGUCCUCUGCCGGUCCCAGGGGACCCUGUCUGACCUUUUGAGGAACCCCAAGCCCUGGAGCAAACUCAAGUCCGGGAGGGAGACCUUCAAGAGGAUGUGGAGGUGGCUUCAAGAGCCCGAAUUUCAGAGAAUGGCAGCUUUAAGGUUAGAAGCUUGCAAAAGAAAAGAACAAGACCAAAGCAAAGUUGACCGCAACCACGUCCCCAAACGCCACCGGCUGGUCUUCACGGACAUCCAGCGCCGCACCCUCCACGCCAUUUUCCACGAGAACCAAAGACCUUCCAAGGACCUUCAGAUCACCAUCGCCCAACAGCUGGGCCUGGAGCUGUCCACCGUUAGCAACUUCUUCAUGAACGCCCGGCGGAGGAGCUUGGACAAAUGGAUGGAGGAAGGGAGGUCUCCUUCCGCCGGCUCUACCUCGUCCUCGGCGGUCACUUGCACCAAAGCGUGA